AUGAUCCUGCCAUACGAAGGCGAACGCGAAUCCCAAACGCCCUCCCCACCCCGAAUCGCGUACCUAUCGCAUCUCAACUCCCGCAACCCAUCCGACCCCAAUGCCCCCACCAUGGCGGUGCCCAGCCGACAGAAGAAAAAUUUUUCUCGCCAUGCGUGGACGCACGACGACGUAAAUGUCAGCCGCCGUCUCUCGGAUAUUGGCGAGGAGCUGUCGCCCGCUAGAUCGGAGGGAUUCGACGAUUCGGACACGGGACAAGAACUGGCCAGUUCACCGCUACUGCAUGGGCAGCAUGACGACCAGUCUAGAGACAAUGCUGCGUGGAGUAGCUCCAAUUCCACUAUCAGCGCAGGGAGCAGACGCGCUUCUACUUCGAAGGAAGUGUCGGAGGUGCAGAAUGAACGCAACGAGACUCCUGUUCACCCGGAGGUCGCAAGAGCGCAAGUUACGGCGGUCGUUGGAACUGCAGGGGGUACUUCUGUACCAGCUAGCAGCGCUGUGGCGUCUGCAGCUGCAGAGGGUAAGGGGCCCGGCGAGGAGUUUUCCUCGGCGAUACUGAGUAGUGAGGCGGAACGGAUUCUGGAGAAUGCGAAAAAACGGCUAAACCUCAUGGAAGGCAAUCUCACUCGCGCACGAUCGUCCACACGCACGUCGGCCUCGCCUUCGCCCUCGAACUCUGGCUAUAUUCAGCCGAUCGGCAAGCACCAGCCUGUUGGUGGACUAUAUAGGUCGAUUUCGCGCACAGAUCCUAAGAACUCUUCGCUCCGACGGCAAUCACUCAUCGCGGCGCAAGAUACGACCAAUAAUCGACAUUCUAGAGUUUACUCUGAGACGAGUAUUCCGUCCGAGUCUAGCUUUUCGAAUGAUCCCAAGCGCAUGUCGCGUUCUGUCAGUGCGAUGGGCGCGAGCACUUCGUCCCGCCUUCAUACCGAUGAUCGCUCGUUCCAUUACGCACCUACGAGGGCAUAUUUGACGCAUCGGCCUUCUAUCUCUUCUAAAAAACCCCCGAUACAGGUACAAGACGAGGAGCCACAGGUCCAGAUGCCACAAUCUCCUGUUUUCACCGAGAACAGUUCAUCGGACUCGCCACAUGAUUUAGGAAUUUCCUCGGAAGAGGAUUCCAAGUCUAGCCCGGACGGGUUCAGUCCUGUCUACAGCUCGUACGGCCCCCCUAGCCGUGCACAGUCGCAGUUACAGGUGCGUGAUCUUCAGUACCAGAUGAAGGGACUUCACAUCAAGAUCUCUUCUCUCAAAGUGAAGACUCAGGAGGACAAUCUGCGCCGGCGCAGCCUGCAGAGCUUACGGACACCCAGCCCUUUGACGGCCGCUGACCAAUGGUAUGCGAAUGGACUGGAGCUUAGAGAUGGUCGGAGUAGCGGUGGCUCCAAUCCUCGACAUGACGCUAGCUAUGAGAACCUCCGAGAAGUUUCAGACAGUGCAGAGGUCAAUGAGCGACGCGGGUCUCACCAGGAUCUCGCUGCGAAUACUUCCACCCACGCCGAAAGUUGGCAAGGCAAUGGACCCCCUGGUUAUGAUGAUGACCAGUCUAUUGCCGAGACCAUGUAUGAAGAUGCUGAAGAAGGUGAAUUUGAUGGGGACAUCGAUCGCGAAGCUCUCGAUGAAAUAUUGCGUGAACCCCUCGACGAUGACCUCGAUGAUGGCAUGGAAGCUUUCCCUGAUAUGCCACCGCUCACAGAUGCGACGCCCCACGAGAUGCGCGAGGAUGCGUUUGAUUAUGAGCACUUCAUCUUGCAUAGCGCAUUGGGGAACUAUACUCAACAACUCCGUCGGGUGAGCAACAGCUCGACUGGAUCGGUUGAGACAACCCGGCCCGCACACACGGCGCGACACUCGCGCACCAGCAGCAACAUGUCCGUUUCGACCGUAGCAACAUUCGCGACCGCAACCGAAGGCGAACGCCCCGACGACGAGGAUGACGUUGAUAGCGUGAUGUACUGGGACCGACGGUUCAAUCAUGAGCUGCGACAUGGACAUACCCACGUCCACGCGCAUGGCCACAGCCACUCGCAUUCUCAUACUCAUUCCCACAGCUAUCAACCAAGUCCAAUUCAAGGGGUUGAGAUCGAGGCCAAUCGCUCCGAAACACCCCGUGGACCACGAUACGAGGAAAGUGGCAAUGCUAUCACAUCCUACACGCGCAAUCUUUCACCCCAUAUAAUCAAUGGUCGCUCAUCCUCAGCCACGGCCGGAUCUGCAACCCCGACCGCUCUCGCUUCGUCUUUUGUCUCAACCGUGCGCGCAGCAUCCAGUACCCCCAGCCUCGGCGGAAUCAACGAUGAGGACACACAAAUGCUCGAAGCCCUCUUUGAAAGCCUGGGCACUGUGUGUAUGGAUCUGCAGGCGAUUACGACUUCUCCGGACCCCGAUAUGAAGGCUGCGCGUGUGCUGCGACGUCGUCUGGAUGCCGCACGACGAGUACUGGAGGGAGAGCUUGAUGCUUGA